AUGCAAUUGGAGCUUCGUUCAUAUGGAGGCAUUUCUCAUUCUUUUUUGUUGUUUCUAGUUGUUGUUUUUCAAGCGGAGUUUCCUUCUUUAUAUGAAAGGUUGACUUGUUUUAUGGUUCUACAUAACUUAAAAUUCAUAAAAUUUUAUGAUGUUAAAGGGAACAAUGAGAAAAUUGAAGAUGAAAAGUUGAAUUAUAAUGAUAUUCAAUAA